GCCUCCAGAAGAUGUGUGGUGGCGAUAGCACGCUGCAACAUCGUCCACCCGCCCCCCUUCCACGCCGCCCACCGCCCACACCCGGCGAAGUGCAGCUCCCAGGGACAGGUUGUGGAGCAGCGCCCCCAGCCAUAACGUCGCCUCGGAGCUCAGUGCCACACCCACGGUCAACACCAGUCUGGCAAGAAGCGUGGAGAGCCGCGCUCACUACCAUAAUACUGACCUCGCAUCACCAAAUGGACAAGUGAACCUAAUGUCUGAAACUGUGCUACUGACAAGUGAACCCAAUGUCUGAAACUGAGCUACUGACAAGUGAACCCUAUGUCUGAAACUGUGCUACAGACAAGUGAACCCAAUGUCUGAAACUGUGCUACUGACAAGUGAACCCAAUGUCUGAAACUGUGCUACUGACAAGUGAACCCAAUGUCUGAAACUGUGCUACUGACAAGUGAACCCAAUGUCUGAAACUGCGCUACUGACAAGUGAACCCAAUGUCUGAAUCUGUGCUACUGACAAGUGAACCCAAUGUCUGAAACUGCGCUACUGACAAGUGAAUCCAAUGUCUGAAACUGCUACUGACAAGUGAACUCAAUGUCUGAAACUGUGCUACUGACAAGUGAACCCAAUGUCUGAAACUGUGCUACUGACAAGUGAACCCAAUGUCUGAAACUGCUACUGACAAGUGAACCCAGCGUUUUAAACUGUACUACUGACAAGUGAACCCAAUGUUUAAAAUUGAUACUGACAAGUGAACUCAAUGUUUUAAAAUAUACUACUGACAAGUGAACCCAAUAUGUUAAACUGUUACCUACAAGUGAAUCCAUUGUCUUAAACUGUGCUACUUAUGGUGUUACACUGCUACUUACGAACAGAUCCAACAUUUUAAAAGUGCUGCUGACGAACAGAUCUUAAAACAGUACUUACGAAUACAUCCAUCUUAAAACAGUGCUGCUUACGAAUACAUCCAUCUUAAAACAGUGCUGCUUACGAAUACAUCCAUCGUAAAACAGUGCUGCUUACGAAUACAUCCAUCGUAAAACAGUGCUGCUUACGAAUACAUCCAUCUUAAAACAGUGCUUACGAAUACAUCCAUCUUAAAACAGUGCUUACGAAUACAUCCAUCGUAAAACAGUGCUGCUUACGAAUACAUCCAUCUUAAAACAGUGCUGCUUACGAAUACAUCGAUCUUAAAACAGUGCUGCUUACGAAUACAUCCAUCUUAAAACAGUGCCGCUUACGAAUAGAACCAUCUUAAAAGUCUUGCUUACAAAUAGAACAAUUUUAAAAGAGUGCUGUUGCGAAUAGAACCAUUUUAAAACAGUGUUGCUUACGAAUAGAACCAUCUUCAAACUGUGUUGUUACGAAUAAAUACAUCUUAAUACGGUGCUUAAAAUAUAUAUAUAUAUAUAUAUUCUUUGGGGGAAAGGUUCCAAACUCAUAAGAGAAAGAAAGAGUAACCAUCGCCUAGACAGCCACAGGACUUCCAUCAUAGCUCUGAUGCUUCCUCAGGAGAACGUGGUUCUGGCAGGUGUUUUACAAGUAUUAAGGGGAUGGUUUUGGUACAGAUGAGUGUUUGCUAAAGUGAAUCAAGUGAAAUGAAAUAAAGGGAAUGGAUCAAGUGGAAUGAAAUAAGGGGAUUGAAACUAGUGGAAUUAAACACGGAAAUGAAACAAGCUGAAUAAAAUACGGGAAAUAAAACAAAUGUAAUGAAAUACAAGUAGUGAAACAAGUGGAAUGAAAUACGGGAGUGCAGAAAGUGGAAUAAAAUACGGGGAAUGAAACAAGUGGAACGAAAUACGGGGAAUGAAAAACGAGAGACCCAGAACGAGUACACUUCUCGACAGACUGAAGACAUGCACGCAUGUAGGUGUGGGCGUGGGUGUGCAUUUUAGAGUGGGCGUGAAUACUGCCGCGAGCGUGGAGGCUUGAGAGUAACCAGGGAGGAGGAGUAUACUCACCCACUACCAUGUGCAGCAACGAUGACGCCGUGGCCACCGUGUCCAUGGCUAAACCGGUUCGGAAAGGCUUCUUAACAAGAUACAAAAAACGCUUCUUGGGGUCGAACUGGCGCGAGGAAUGGGUGGUGCUACACGAAGACUCAACUCUGGAGUGGUACAAGACUCAUGACGAGUCUGACCUCCUGGGUGCUAUCGUCAUUAAGGAGGCGCCGGAGAUGAUGGCAGCUGGUCCCUUCGCCUGUUACGUUCCAGGUCGCCCUGAGCUGCCCAAAGGCACUGACCCCAACAACAUGGUGGUGUUCGGCAACAAGACAAAGGACAGAAUGCACUGGUUCAUCUGCCAGAACGCUGACGACCUUAACCAGUGGAUGACAGCCAUCAGUAACACACUGCCCCCGCCACCUGAGCUGCCUAAACUGCCUCCAAGUGAGGAACUGAAGCUGGAGCCACCACCACCUUACAACUCAGCACCUACUGCCCCUCCAUAUAAUCCUGGAGGUGGAGGAGGUAGAGGGUAUCCAACAGGAGGGUACGGUGGAAGAGGAGGAUACAGUGGAAGAGGAGGUUACGGUGGAGGACCUGGUUACAGUGGAGGACCUGGUUACGGUGGACCUGGUUACGGUGGAGGACCUGGUUACGGCGGAGGACCAGGUUACGGUGGAGGACCAGGUGGAGCGGCAGUGUAUGGCGGUGGAGGACCCAUCAUCCUGGACCGCCGCGACAAUGGAGAUUUCGGCGCUGGGAUGCUGAUGGGCGCAGCCAUGGCCGGUGGCUGGGGGGUUGGGCUAGGUCUGGGCGUCCCGAUCCGUAUUGGGUACGCAUACCCCGGCUUCGGUACUGGAAACACCACCACCCAACAGACCAACAUCACCAACAAUUACAACACUACCAACGGCACCACGACCAACAACGGGAGUACGACCGCUAACGAUACUCCAGCCAACAUCGAUACAACCACCACUGCUGCGCCCGACACCACGGGCCCAGCAGCAACAGCAGCAGACCAGGGAGACACCACCGUAGGCGCUGUUGACCCCGGAGGAGCCGAACCCGACGCCGAGAUGAUCCCGGACGGCGUGGAUCCCGGACUAAUUGAUGAGACAGGAGGGAGUGACAUGGCCGCUAUGGAGGAUGUGGGCCAACCGUUUGAGAUGGGUGGGAUGGGUGAUGUGGGAGGCGAGUAUGAUGUAGGAGCAGAGUAUAACAUGGGCGGAAUGGAUGAUAUGGGUGGCGGCUUUGACAUGGGUGGCAUCGAUAUAGGCGGCUACGAUAUGGGUGGUGGCUAUGACAUGGGCGGCGGCUUCGACAUGGGUGGCGGAGGUUACGACGUUGGUGGCUUUGAUAUGGGAGGUUUCGAUGUAGGAUUUUGAAUAUCUAUGCAGCUCGUUAUUACACACACACACACUCUCACACACAUAUAUAUAUAAACUAGAUGUAUUCGAGGUCACUGUGUGACCGAAAAAGGUUUUUACAGACCCCAAUAACCUUCCCUCCGAAAAAAAAACUUAAGCUUACACGAGAAAAGUUUGAGUUAGGCUGUAUUUUUAUAAUUUGCAAGGUUUUCAAAUUGUUUAGUAAUUUUCAUAUCGUGCCCUUAUGAUAGUAAGAUACUGUGAUUAUAUUUUCAGCUUAUCCGUAAAAGAUUAAAUAAAUAGGUAAAUUUCAUAGAUUCUGCAAUAACAAAUAUUCACAACACGUACAAGGUGUAUCAGCAGAAACACAACAAAAUUUCAAAAGGUAUUUGCAAGACCAUUUGCGAGAUAUUGACUAAACACUAAGAUUCAGAUUUUUGCCACCGAAGUGGCUAGUUUAUUGUGCGCCCCAUAUCCAUCCUGUGGGUGGUAGACUAAGAGCAUAUGGAUAUACAAAAGGCUGAGGAACUAGGCUCGAAAUGGUUUAAGAGCAAUAUAUCUAUAUAAUUUCUACAUAUUGUCUAUCUUAUAUGUUGUAAGCAAAUUUAUAAUAUUUGCUUAAUAUGUCUAGUAUUUUUUUUCAUACGAUACCUUGACAGAUUGCAUAGGUUAUCACUCUAUCUCUAUAGUCCUCAAUAAGUGGACAAUGAAGCAUUUAGUGUUCAAGAAAGUGACCAUAGACUUACCACAUUAGUGAUCAUCAUCUGUGCAUCUACCAAACUGCCGGAAGUACUUGUAACCAAGCCUAAGCCUGGCUUAGGCUUGGUUAGUGUUCAGUGUUCAGAUUGCAAGUCGUUCGGCUAACAAUUAAAAAAUAUAACUACCUUUUUUAGCAAUAUUAAUUAUAUUAGUUUUUACUUAUUGCUAAAAAAAAUACACAAAUCUAUUAAGUAUAUAAUGUUACUCAAAAGAAGAAUCUGCAAGGUCGGAUAAGAAAUAUUAAAACAACCCCCAUGGAUGUUAACAGGUACGGGUAUAAAGACAAUAUGCAGGACAAGCUUUUAACUGAAACUUAACUGAAACAUAGUCUCAAUAAAAGCCCAUUCUGCACAUUGUAUCUAUAUCCAACUCUCCUCAUAGCAAAGAAAGCAAAUAAAAAUGCCUAAAAUCACGAUUAACAUAUAGGUAAUUUGUAGUGGAUAUCUACACAUUAGGUUGGGCUAUCCACAUGACAUAUUAAAAAUAAUUAUCCUAAAGUAUUUAUCAGAUAUACAAAAAUAAAAAUAAAUGGCAUAAAUAUAAAUAAUGUGUACCCUGAUGGCCGAAGCAUCAAGGUGACAAAUAGGUAUGAAAACAGUGAAGAACAAGUUAAAAACUUGCACCCUACUCUCAGUUCAAGACUACACAGAGUAUAAGGUGGAGCCAGAGGUGUAGCAUGUUUAGUGUAGUAAUGCCUAUUCGUUAUCAUUCUAAAAUAAUUAUAAUAAAAAAAAGCUAGACCCGUAUGAGUCAAUAAUGCUAUAAUACUCUAGAAGACAAAGAAAG